AUGGCCUUCGCCACGUCCACUCGAUGUAAUACUAAUAGUAAUACGAAUGAAAAUAACCGAUCGAGGACGACGACGACGAUGAUGAAGCCGUCCCCCACGCAACAACAAAGAAAUAAAAACCGGGCAUCUGUAGCAGCAUUAACGACGAGAAACGAAGAUAGAAUGAUCACGAACACGACGCGACAACUAAAGAAUAAAAGAGGCUCUGCGCUGCAAACAUCCGCUGCGCUUCCCGAUGCUCUUCACUCGGCAGCAACUCUCUCGGAAAUCUCCGCCUUGGAAGGCAACAUUCAAGGCUUUUACUUGGGAACGCUGUUGUUAAUUUUAGGAUUUUCCGGAUUCAUCGUCGUUCGACAGGUGUUUAUUCGAAGAGAGUUGGACGAUCAAGCGAAAAAGACCGGGGAACGCAUUCGCGCCGGGAACGCGUCCUCGGACGACUACUUUGAAAUGGGUUCCAUCAUGUUGAGAAAGAAAGUGUACACGCAAGCGAUUCGAAACUUACAACUGGCAGCGGAGAACUGGGAAGGCGAUGAGGAGGAUUUGGCGCAAGUGCACAACGCGUUAGGGUUCGGAUACGCAGAGAUGGAGAAGUACGAAGACGCGAUUAAGGAAUUUAAGUUGGCGAGUCAGUUACAGCCGGGGUACGUGACCGUGUGGAACAAUUUGGGCGACGCGUACGAAAAAUUGAAGAUGCAAAAAGAAGCGGUUAAAUGUUACGAGGAAGCUUUAGUGUUAGCGCCGGGGAACUCGGUCGCGACCAUGCGGUUGAAGAACAUGAGAGAGCGAGCAGAGCGAUUAGGAUUGACUAUUGAAUAA